AUGCCUCUUUCCUAUGGUUUUGCGUCUUCCACUGCUCACAGCAUCCCAAAAACAAGCAGACCUAAAAGAGAGGCAUUCCGUCUUGCACCUUUAGCCGUCCCAGGCUCUUCUCAUGGUACUUCAACCUACCGCGAUAAUAAACGCAGUACAGAAAGUAUUACUUCGAGUUGGAACUCGCGCUUCCUUUGCGCUAUGAGUCCGUCUGAUGUCUCACACCGCACUGGUACCCUGCCGCCACCUACUCCUUCCUCCGUUACGGCCUAUUCUACAAAACGUACCAUCAACCCUGGGGUCUACAUCUGUAAAGGUGAAGGGCAUUCCGUUCGACACAGCUGGAUCGUCGGCGGUCGCUUGGUCGAGUUCCCGUUUCCCGAGAGUCGAAGUUACGAUGGCCACACCGACGAACAUCAGAGGAAACACUACAUGGAAGAAGGUACUCAGCCACCUAUAUCCAUUCCCAGCUCUGGCUCUUGUCGAAGACCGAGCGAAGUCAGCACCAGUAGCAUCGGCAGUGCUAGUAGCAGUGGAAAGUCGUACAGAUGGAGUGCAUAA